AUCGCUUAUUUAGCGCUGUGGUUUGGUUAGUUUGUUAAUAUUUAUUUGGAAUGUGAAAGAGUGUAUAAAAUGGCUAGAUUGCUAUUUAAACCCUUUACCUCACUUUAUUUGAAACCAUUCCCGCUGCGUGUGGAGAGUUAUGUGAAUUUUCUUGGUGUUACUUCAAAUGUUCUAUCUUCUCGAAACACUAGUUUCUUUAAUAAGUUACCAGCAGAGGAUAUAUGGCGAGGAGUAACAGCUGUUAGUAAUGCUGGCAAAAAGAGAGGCCGUGGAAAAGGAACAGGAAGAAAAAUAGCAAAAGAUCUAAAUAGAGGACAAACCAUUGGGAUUGGAAAGAACAAUUGCAUAUGGCCAGGCUUAAAUGCACCAAUUAUAAGAGGAAACGAACUUAUUCAUCAACAAAAACAGCCUGCAAACGCAGAUAGGGAAAAAAAUAUACUUAAAAUUCGUGACUCAAUGGGUAAUUUUAAGCAAAUGAAGUUAAACCCAAUUGAUCGUGGUUGGUCUGGAACAAAGAUGCCAGGUCGCAGUAUUGGUCCUCCAGAUGCAGUAGGAGACGAAGAAUUUAAUUUGUUCGACACAUUUGUUUUGGAGAAUAAGAUCGUUUUCAUUAUGAAAGGAAACAUGGGUAGGAAACGUAGAUAUUCCGUGUUAUCUGUUACUGGCAAUAAAAAUGGAUUGGCUGGAUUUGCAUUAGCUAAAGGUCCAGAAGUUCGAACCGCUCUCCGGAAAUCCAAAAACCGUGCAGGGCAGAAACUAAUAAGCAUCAAUCUUUAUGAAAACAGAACCAUUAACCACGACUUUUAUACCGCUUUUGGAAAAACAAAAAUAUUUGUUGCGAAGAAACCAGAAGGGUAUGGAUUGGUAUGUCAUCGCGCAAUUCAAACUAUAUGCAAGGCAAUUGGAAUAAAAGAUCUGCAUGCUAAGAUUGAGGGCUCAACGAACCUACAGCAUAUCGUAAAAGCCUUUUUUAUUGGACUUAUGCGUCAAAAAACUUACCAAGAUAUCGCCAAUGAGUCAUCUUUGCAUAUUGUUGAAAGACAAAUGGCUAGAAACGGAUUUACAGAAAUUAAAGCAAGUCCACAUAUAGACCCGAAGGUUACAGAAAACGAUCAUAUAAUAGAUUUUAUGCAGUUUACUUUAGGAAAUAAAAUUGUACUACGGAAAAAAAAGCUACCACCAUUUUACGUUCAUUCUAAAGGUCACAAUAUUUAUGAAUUAAAGAAAGAGCGUUUUCGAAACCAAUCAAAAGUACGUUUACAUAAAUUAGUUAAUUCUUACACAUAAUUUAAAAAAAUAUUGUUUUACUAACGUUUUCAAUUAUUUGUCUUUAAAACAAUAAAAUUAAAAAAAAAACUUUUACAAAGACUUAAAAUGAUACCCGACUAAAUUCAAAAACUACACUGGCAACGCUGUUUUUUAAAGCUGUUGACUUUUGCGUGAAAUUUUAAAAUAGAGAAAUCAC